CCGGUCACCACCUCGUCUUCGGCGGCGGCUCGCCUCCUCUUUCUGCGCCCCAACCAGGAGGGGGCAAAUUCCGGUGAACGCCGACAGGCCGGGGCGUGCACCGGCGGUCUACAUCUCUGCUGCGCUGCUGACUAGUGCGGUAGCACCGGUAGGAAGGAUUGCCCGUGGGGUGUUUGUAGAAAUGUCGCUCCGACAGCUGCUUCUCCAAGCUCGGCGGUUCCCGCCGUCUCACCCGCCUCCGCAGCUCUCAGGUAUACUCGUUCUCUUCCGGGAAUUUUCCGACCACGCGCACAAAACCUUACCUGCGCCGCCCCGUCACUCCACUAAGCAAAUCCUGCCGCCUCAAAAUUUCCCUUGCUCCCAUGCCAAUCCCCUUGGGGAUCGCUUCCGCAUUGACAUGGUUGACUCUGACCUCUGGCCCGCAUCCUUCGACCUGUCGAUGGACCUUGCACCAAAAAAUGGGAGCCCUGAUGACUUUCAAGAAAAUGAGGAUGAAGAAGUGCAUGAUUCUGAAGAUGAGAUAGACGACAUGAGGCACCGCAAGAAGCUGUUCUACAAGCUGGACAGGGGGUCCAAGGAGUUUGAGGAGAAUAAUGUGUCCUUGCGCCACAGAUGGAAGAGAGAGAAAGGCAAUGCAAAGAAUCCAAAGGAAUGCAAGAAGGUGGAUCCUCGUGAAUUUGCUUCUUUGAAGGCCCCGAAGCUGAAAAAGAAGUGUACAGUGCGUGAGGAUGAAGUGGUUGAAGCAAAGAGGGACCGCGUGCCGACAUUUAACCAGAUGACCGAUCCUUAUCACCAUCCUUUCUGUCUGGACAUACAUGUCACGAAGGGGUCAGUUCGUGCUUGCUUUGUGCACCGAGUGACCAGCAGGGUUGUAACAGUUACACACUCCAUAUCAAAGGACAUGAAGUGUGAUGUGGGUUCAAGGAAAGGUAUGAAGGCAUGUGCAGCGGUUGGGGCAGUGCUUGCAAAACGUGCAAUAGAGGAUGAUAUUCACAAUGCAAUUUAUACACCAAGGAAAGGAGAUAGGAUUGAAGGGAAGAUUGAGAUUGUGCUGCGUUCAAUUAUUGAUAAUGGGGUUGAUGUUAAGGUGAAGCUCAAGCAAAGGAAGCCAACAAAGAAUACACUGGUUAUGCAGAACACUCAAUCUCGCUGAUGGUUCAACACUAUGAAUGCUUAGAAGCCAUGAUAGUUUUUCUGUUGCUACAUUGACUGGAAGUGCUGCCGCUGCCGGGGUAUCAUCCUCUGCCCCGCAGGAAUUUUGGGUUAGCACAAAAUAGCAAAUUAUUCUCAACCAUCAGAAGCUUCAAAAACAAGGGACCAAGUCUUCAGGUGGAGGCGGGUGCUCUAAAUGGCAAAGCACUGUGCUCUAUCAAACUUCUGGGUAGGAUUUGUGGAACCCAGGAAGGAGCAGCUUCAGAUGUAGUAGAUGGGACAUCAGCUCAAACUAGGAUGGACAUCCAAUCACAUUGAGUUCAUCAGACAAUGGUUGUGGAUCAAGCUCUUCUACUGGGAACAUACCAGCAUGCUGGAUUGCUGGUUCAGCCAGCUCGACGAGCACAACCGAACGUUCCUAGAACCGCAUAUAGUCCAAGCAUAUGCUGCUGUUGAAGAAUUUGCUGAACGGAAGAGGUGCUCAGAUGCAAACGGUGCUAUCAGCACAUCAGGUGUAGCGCACUGCAUGAAUUUUUUCAGAUAGGACUAAAUGCACUGAUGGAUUCAAGUCUUUUGGCUUAGCUAGCUUCCCCCCCUUUUCUUCUAUCUCUCUUGCAUGGAAGAAACAAUUCUGGAACAAGAACAUCAUGCUAUGUUAGGCGUAUAUUUACCCAUUUCUGUUA